ACUGAUCGAUUAAAGUGUGUGUGUGUGUAAUUGGAAUUUUAUAAUUUGAAAACCCAAAAAAAGAGGAGAAAUAUGAGUUCAGGGGAGGAACAGACUUUGCUCUUGGAAGAUGAACUCCUACUACAGAACGAAAAUAAUGGACUCCACACAGGAGAUGGCUCGGUCGACAUUAAUGGGACGGCUGUUCUUAAGCAGAAAACUGGAAAUUGGAGAGCAUGCUCUUUCAUAUUGGGAAAUGAAUGCUGUGAACGCUUGGCCUACUAUGGAAUUGCUACUAAUCUGGUCUCCUACCUUACUGGGAAGCUACAUGAAGGAAAUGUGUCAGCUGCAAAAAAUGUUAACAUUUGGGCAGGAACUUGCUACUUCACACCACUCAUUGGAGCCACUUUGGCAGAUGCUUAUUGGGGAAGAUAUUGGACCAUUUUUGUUUUCUCCACAAUUUACUUCAUUGGAAUGUGUACGUUGACUCUCUCAGCAACUAUUCCUGUAUUAAAGCCAGCUGAAUGUAUAGGUUCUCUAUGCCCUCCAGCAACUCCUGCUCAGUAUGGGGUAUUCUUUUUUGGCCUCUAUCUGAUUGCAUUUGGGACAGGUGGCAUCAAACCAUGUGUUUCAUCCUUUGGGGCGGAUCAGUUUGAUGACACUGAUCCUAAGGAAAGGGUAAAGAAGGGGUCCUUCUUCAAUUGGUUCUAUUUUUCGAUCAACAAUGGUUGUCUUGUGUCAAGUAGUUUAAUGGUAUACAUUCAAGACAAAGCUGGGUGGGGGCUAGGAUUUGGAAUUCCUGCAUUGUUCAUGGGCAUAGCUAUUGCUAUCUUCUUUUCAGGCACGCCCCUUUAUAGAUUUCAGAGGCCAGUGGGGAGCCCAAUUACUAGAAUGUGCCAAGUUGUGGUUGCGUCAUUCCAUAAGAGGAAUUUGGAGGUUCCCCAAGACAUUAGUCUCCUAUAUGAAACCCAAGAAAAACACUCAACCAUUGAGGGAACCUGGAAACUAGCGCACAGCAAUGAAUUGAAAUGCCUUGAUAAAGCUGCUAUAAUUUCAGAGGCUGAGAUAAAAGGUGGGGACUUCAGUGAUCCAUGGAGGCUUUGUACUAUGACUCAGGUGGAGGAAUUGAAGAUUUUGAUCCGCAUGUUUCCGAUCUGGGCUACAGGCAUUGUCUUUUCUGCUGCCCAUGCCCAAAUGAGUACAAUCUUUGUGGAACAAGGGAUGCUGAUGGACAAGACAAUUGGUUCUUUCAACAUCCCUCCUGCUUCUAUGAUCACAAUUGAUGUUAUUAGUGUUAUUUUCUGGGUUCCAAUCUAUGAUAGGAUCAUUGUUCCAAUUGCAAGGAAGUUCACUGGCAGAGAGAGGGGCUUUUCAGAGUUGCAGCGUAUGGGAAUUGGCUUGUUCAUUUCUAUGCUAUCAAUGACAGCUGCUGCUUUGCUAGAGAUUAAGCGCUUGCAGCUUGUAAAAGAGCUUGGAUUGGUUGGUGAUGCUGUUGCAGUUCCUCUCAGUAUCUUGUGGCAAAUUCCCCAGUAUAUGUUGAUGGGUACAGCAGAGAUCUUUACAACCAUUGGUCAGCUUGAAUUUUUUUAUGAACAGUCUCCAGAUGCCAUGCGGAGUCUAUGCAGUGCUUUGGCACUCCUGGCUGCAUCUUUGGGUAAUUACCUGAGCUCUUUUAUUCUGAGCAUGGUAACUUACCUCACAACCACGGGUGGGAAGACAGGAUGGAUACCAGAUAACUUAAAUAAGGGGCACCUUGAUUAUUUAUUCUGGCUUUUGGCUGGGCUCAGCUUCUUCAACUUGCUGAUCUACACUAUUUGUGCAAAGAGAUAUAAAGAGAAGAAGGCCUCCUAAGGUUUUUACAAGAGGGGAGGCCUAGUAGCCCCGUGGGAAAAGGUUUGAUUACAAUGGUUUGUGCAUAAGCAACAAUUAUUCUACUAUGACAUUAUUUCCUUCCAGGUUUGAAGGAAUGUAUAUUACGUUGGUUUAGUGCUUAUAAUAAAACCCUUUUGGUUUAAUCCUGUCCUAGUAAGAUUUGUUUUGUAAUGAUUCAGGGGAUAACAGCCAGCUUAUUAGUGCUUUCUUGUUGAAAUAAUGGAUACAGCAGGUGCAUGGUACAAUCUGCUUUGCGUUUCCACA